UACCUAAAAACUCCACUAGUACAUGCAAUGCAAGAGCCAGAAGCUAACUACACACAAGAGCCAAUUAAUACGAUAGUACUCCUUUUACUAAUGAAUGAGAAUGUGAAAGUGGACUAGUGAGGAGCCCACUCAAGGGCUUCCAUGUAUGUACAUAUAUAUAAUAUAUAUAUUUAUGCACAACACAAUUCUUGUAUUUGGUAGGCAAAGUUUGUGGAGAUCCAAACGAAGCAGUUGGUAUUUCGUGCAUAUAAAGAUGUACGCUAUAUAUAUAUACAUAGCUAGCUUUAGCCAAACUCACAUAUAAUUAAAUUAAUAGUGUUUUAAUUACAUACACGACCUUAUCAAAGAAAAAUGGCUGGUUAUUUAGACGCAAUUUUUGUGCCUUUGAGUCUUUUGCUUAUGGUGGGUUACCAUGUCUAUCUUUGUUAUUGCUUGAAGAAGUAUCCUUCUAAUACCAUCAUCGGAGUCAACUCAUAUCAACAAAGAGUGUUACUUUCAGACAUAAUGAAGGAUGGUGAAAGGAAGAGUAUGCUGGCAGUCCAAACAAUACGAAACACCCAAAUGGCUUCAAUUUUCAACGCUUCAGUAGCGAUUCUAGUAAACACAGCAUUGGCAGCUCUAUCAAAUAAUUCCUACAAAGCAAGCCAUCUUCACAACCAUGCCCUUCUCGGCUCCAAAUCAUAUGAAAUCGUCGCUAUAAAGUACGCCUCAACGUCAUUCAUUUUGUUAUCUAGCUUCUUCUGCAGUUCUUCGGCCCUUGCACUUUUCAUGGACGCAAAUUAUUCGAUAACAGCUUUCUCAUUUGAUCACGACUCUACGUCCUUUACAUUUCCAAAAGUGAUUCUUGAACGUGGUAACCUUUUGGCUCUUAUUGGAAAUCGCUUGCUCUGGCUAUCCUUUCCUCUUCUCUUAUGGAUGCUUGGUCCUUUGCCAUUAAUAUUCUCAUCUGCAGCAAUGAUUUGGUGGCUCUAUGACCUUGAUUUUCUAAGAUACAUUAAUAUUGUCCGUAAGAAAUGUCAUAAAUGAGACGGGGGACAUAGUCACAGAAAAAAUUUCCUCCAUUAGACAUUGUAUCCACACAAGAGCCUUGUCAAAAGAUCUUUAAGUUCUAUAUCUCAACUUAUAUCAACAGAUUCAGUAAUUACGAAAUCAAUUUAUAAGAUAGCUCUAUGUUUUUUAACACAUGUAUGCUUAGGUGUGAGGCAGGGCAGAACCCACAUAUAGGCAAGGGAUGCAGCUGCACCCCAAAUAUUAAAAACAAUAAAAGUUUGUAUACAUAUAUUAGUUAAUUAUUGUAAAAAAUUUAAAUUAAUGCAAAACUACAAAUAACAAAAUUUGUGUAUUGCUUGAGUUAACUGAUAUUCAUGGCAAGGGUUUAAGUCCCUGCAAAGUAAUUUUUAAUAUAUCUAUUCUAUAUAAAGUGUGCCUAUAUAACUGAAAUUCUUGGUUUAUGAAAAUUCAUGGGUGACUUUUU